GGGAACUUAUCCAGCCGGCGACUCGAAAGCGCGACGCGCACCACUCAGCUCACCAAACGGUGACGCGUACGGCCGCGCUACCGGCGGCAGCGGCGGCGAGGGCAGGGGCAGCGCGGCGCCACACCCUCGAGCCCGGCGCCGGUGACCCCAUGGCGGCGGCGCAGAAGCCGACCAAGCGGCUGGGCGGCAUGGCGGAGGCGCUCUCCAUCGCCGCCGACCUCGGCUUCCCCGCCCCUCCCGCUCAGGAAGAUCAGGGCAACUCAGACAAAAGCGAUGAUCUGGUGAGGGUCUUGAGGGAACUGACUGUCGUGCAGCGGAACAUUGCCAAUUUGCAAGUGGAGUUACAAGGCAGAAAGGAUGACAAAAAUAUUGCUCAUUUGACUCAUGUUAGUGAAAUGGAGAAAAAGUGUGAAUCUUUGGCCAGAAUCACUGCAAUAUUGAAAGAUGUAAUCCAAAACAAGGAUCGGAUUAUUGCUCGGCUCCAACAACCUUACUCCCUUGAUUGCAUUCCUGUUGAAGCUGAAUACCAGAAACAAUUCUCAGAGCUACUUCUGAAAGCGGCAAGUGACUAUGGGGCACUGACAGCAUCAGUAGGUGAUUUCCAGUGGAGCCAAAACUUUAGAGAAUCACCUGCUGUAUGGGGGGAAAUGCUGCGACCGAUACCUGCUGCACUUGCUUCGUGCACACGAUUCUUUGAGGCCAUGUCUGCGAUGAGGGAAUCCUUCUCUACACUUCAGAAGUUACGUGUCGGCCAUUCUUCUCUGUCAAUGACCCCGGGUGGCUCCAGUGACGGUUCAAAGUUCUUGACGCCACCUCAGUGGAGAGAGGGCUCAAUGCUUGAUAGCUGGAAGCAAGUGGAGGACGCAAACCCUGAAAGUGAAGGACUUGAUGGCAUGGACCAGAGGAGGUUGUCAUGGCCGUCCUCCAUCAAGAGGGACCUGUAGGAUUCUGAGGUUCACCAAACAGAUACUACAUAUAUUUGCGUGUUGUAUAAAUAGGAAUCUGGGGUUUCUUUACUUCUGUGUGGCUACCGUUGAAUCACUUGCGAAAGCUCCCUUUGGCUGGUGAUACUGACACGAUGAAUGAUCGUUUGUGAAGCUGAAUGAUGUUAGAGAUGAUUUGUAAGUUAAAUGUAACAAACUACCUGGGCGUUACGCGGAAAUACAUGUGCCGAUACUUCCAGUUCGCACGUGAACUUCUUUUAUUGCAUUUGAAUAAAAAAAGAAUAUAGUAUGGUGAUAAUCACUAAACUGUAUUGAUACUUUGAUAGUA